CAAGUGAAUAUCGUCCUCUAAUCUGCACACAUGCCACAUACUAUACAAAGGCUUCAUGUUCAUUUCCACCCUCAUUCUCCUUCCCGGUGACUGAAAAGCCCAGGACCAUCUAUCUGAUAGAAAAUGCAUGCACACCAUUUUCAUGUGAUAAACAAACAAACAAAAAAUACCUGUAAACAUCGAAUUAAUUUGUAUAUGGAUGUCGGAUAUCAGCUCCUAACUCUUACUCCACCCUACAAAGCCAAUGUAAUCUGUGUUCUGAUACCGGAUUAAAGUCAGAUUAUAGAUUGUGGUGUAAUAUCUGCCAUGUAAACAGAUGUCCAGACGAAUAGGAUCUUGGAGGAAAAAGAAAGAUCCGGAAUAGCGGGGUCAUCCUGUAUUCUGGGGUCUCUGAACAGAAUGUAACUGUCAGCUGUAUCGUAAAAGUCACAAUAAUAUUUACAGCCACUCAUUGUUUGCUGGGACUGCAAGGCAAUAGACCCUAUUUUAUUCUUUGAAAGGGGAAAAAAAAGCAAAAAAGGCAGAGCAGAAAGCCUGCUUUGUCAAGUAUUUCCUAAAUAAACGUGGACAAAGUCUAACUCCAAUCUAUUUAUUGAUUAUAAAAUGCUUACACCUUGCAUUGGGACAGUGGAAUGUUCCUUAAAGCCUUGCGACAAGCUACAGGCAUUUUCUGAGUGUAAAAUAAAGCACCCUGCAUGAUUUAAUCCCUAUGUAUACACUGGACUUUUUUUUUUUUACUAUAUUGCAAUUGAUUGGAAAAUGACGUUUAAAUGGCAAUGCAAGUCUAAAAUAAAACCUAUCGGGUUCACAUCAAUUAGAAAAUAAAAGGGCAAUAGAUGUAUUAAGAGUGGCUGUUAUGUUGCUUCACUGAAUCAAUAUGCCUAUUUCUGUAUAAUUAUCAAUAAAAUAAAAAAAAAAGGAACACAUGAGCUGGCAAUCUAGAUGAUGAAAUGUGAAAUAUAUUUUGGAGUGAAUAGCACAAAAAAAAAACAGCAAUAUUUCGGUAUUAAUAUGCUGGUUUGUGAACUGUGGCUGUGAGCCGGUACAUUUGGUAUUCACUAAUGGAACUGCGAGGGGGAAUGCAAUAAUUUUUCUGUAAUGGGAUGUAACCUCAAUUCGACCCCGGCCCUGCAGUCCUUAGCUCUGCUGAAAGAGCCUGCAGUGACACCUAAACGUCCAGAAGGUGGCGUCAGAGUCUGAGCAAAAGUCUCCAGCUCGCCGCGGGAGCGCGCUUGGAAUGCUCGCCCCUGUCAGCAUCCUCCCAGCUCCCCCACUAAUACACCAGUUUACCUCUAGAGGUCAUCAGGCAGGAUUUACGACUGGACAACAAAAGCACGUGAUUGCAAGUCGUACCCCAUAUUUGGGUGCCUACGUAGGAGGGAACCAAGUACAUGUCCCAGUCAUUUCCAUAAUUCAUCAUAAAUUGUGCAAGGGUGCUAUAGACGCACAAAACGACCAAGAGCCACAAAUCAAGCACACAUAUCAAAAAACAAAUGAGCUCUUAUUUUGUAAACUCAUUUUGCGGUCGCUAUCCAAAUGGCCCGGACUACCAGUUACAUAAUUAUGGAGAUCACAGCUCGGUGAACGAGCAAUACAGGGAUUCAGCAAGCAUGCAUUCCAGCAGGUACGGCUACGGCUACAAUGGCAUGGAUCUCACCGUUGGGCGAUCAGCUACCAACCACUUUAAUGCCAAUGACAGAGCACGAAAUUAUCCGUCCAACCCAAGUUCUUCUACAGAGCCAAGGUAUAACCAACCUGCAACCUCUCCUCCACCUGACCCUCUCCCCUGCUCUGCCGUCUCCACCCCGCCUGCUGCUGUCAGCGACACUCACCAAGGAGUCAAAAACUCUCUAAUAACUAACUCAAACAGCACCACGUCCAAUUCCAGCACCACCAGCAAUAGUAACAGCAGCCACAUUAACAACAGAGAAGGGCUUGGGGCUUCUUCUUCUGGUGCUGAAGAUGACACCCCAGCCAGCAGCGACCAGACAACUUCCCAGAACGGACAGAGCCCAGCUCCAUCGGUCCAGCCCCAGAUCUACCCCUGGAUGAGAAAACUACACAUAAGUCAUGAUAACAUAGGGGGACCUGAGGGAAAAAGGGCUAGAACAGCUUACACACGCUACCAGACACUGGAGCUGGAAAAGGAAUUUCAUUUUAAUAGAUACCUGACACGCAGAAGGAGGAUUGAAAUAGCCCAUGCCCUUUGCCUAUCUGAGAGACAAAUUAAAAUCUGGUUUCAAAACAGAAGAAUGAAAUGGAAAAAGGAUAACAAGCUGAAAAGUAUGAGCAUGGCCGCAGCAGGAGGAGCUUUUCGUCCUUAGUAUAUGUCUGUUCUAUGAAAGUACUGGUCCAGUAUUAGAAUUGUCACCAUAGACUUUCUAGAACUCUUGUGUGUGACUUCUGUGAAGAAAUAUCCCCAUCCAUGUCCCCCCUCCCUUCCUAUCUUAGCCAUGAGCCCCUAUGCUGGGUGGUUAUAGCUACAGAUGCUUUAUGUAUAUGUUUUAUUUUGAAUGGCUAUGUCUUGACAAUUUUAAAUGUUUUAACUUAUUUGAGUAUGUAAAGCGCUAUUAUGUGUUACUUGAAGUAACAGAACAGAAAAAAAAAUGUUUGUUAAAAUGUUCUGUUUUAUGUUGCAUUCAAUUUGCAGAAAACAAAAGCAAAAAAAAAAAAAAAA